AUGGAAAGGGUGUUUGAUAAGAAUAUUCGAAGCCUCGUUGCGUCACUUUGUACUAUCGGUUUGGUGCCCCAGCUUCGGCAGUUCAGCAAAUCUAACCUUGUGAGUGGUCUGGUGUUCUUGGGUCAUUGGCAGGUGGCUUGCUUUGACAAGGCUUUUUCUUGCGAGCUCCCCAUGUUUGCUCAGCACGUGUUUCGAUAG